CCGAUGUGUACUGUCAAAUCUAACGCAUUUGUUAUUGUGCUUCUUCUGCUGUUGGUGUUGUUUUUCUUAAUGUUACCAGCUUCCAUCAAUUCCGGAUCACCGAAGAACACACAAAGAAGGUCCCCAAUUCCCAUGCAAAAUAGUAAAUUUGACUCUUAGUGAAACAUGUCGUCAGAAGACGAAGACUUGAUGGAUGAGGAUGUACCUCAUACACUCAAUAAAACCAAUAAUCACUCCCUACCGGCCAAUUCUCAAGCGAAAUACAAUCUCACAUAUCAAGUUUUCCAAAAGUGGAACAAGUCCAACGGAUGGAGUGCCGUUUCGGAAGAACUGCUGAUGAAAUACUUUACGGAGCUGGAAACGAAAAAUAAGCCACCGACAUUGGUCGCAAUCUUUUCCAUGCUAAAGGCCACAUUCCGGAUAAAUGACGGCAUCGACAUCGGCACGUAUUCUAAACUGCUUGAAUUUUUAAAACAAAAAAACGCCGGCUACAAGCCUUCCAGCACAAUAUUCUUUACCGACGAAGAAAUCGAAAAAUUCCUGAACGAGGCGUCCGAUGAUCUAUGGCUGGAUGUAAAGGUCGUCUGCAUAUUUGGAAUCAGUGGUCUCUGGAACACCAAGAAACUCGUCAAAAUAAUGAUCGAACAUGUGAAACGGUACGACGAUCUGAUUUUGGUGACAACACCUAAAACCAUCACGAAUGCUCAGAGUACAUUCACAAUAACCGGACCGUUCUUCCAUAUUGUACAGAAAUAUGCCGAUUUGCGGCAUGAGAAUCCCAGUUCUGGUCGUUUCUUUUUAUGCUACCAUGACGGUAAAUGCACUGCGCAACCCAUCGGAAAAAAUAAAUUUUGUGGAAUGCCGAAACGGAUCGCCAAAUUUCUCAAAAUACCAGACUCAACACGUUACUCAGCACUUUCGUUCCGAAGACGUUCAGCCAAUUUCCAUACAAAGAUAGGUCCGUGGGACAUUGUCGAGCAAUCUGCGGAACAUGUGGACUUGGAUUAUCAAACAGGAUACCUUAAACCGUCUGCAUUCAGCUACACACAACCGCCAGCUUCUACUCAAGCAACUAGAGCUACGAGUUCGAAUACGUAUCACAAUAAUGGCUACCAAAAUGAGCAUGUGUGCACCCUCAGUUGCGGUCAAGUGAAAUGUGCAUCUGAAGAGAAUGAAAACAGUGUUUUGCAUGCGUUUACGACAAUGAAACCAGACGAAUUUGUCAUAUCCGAUCUAACGCCGGCAGUAUAUCCAUCGGACCCAGCCUGUAGAUGGAUAGUCGGAUACACCCAUCAUGUCGAUGCAGUAACAGCGUCGAACGCUGAUGAGACAUUCGAAGAUAUAACCAGGUCGAUACCGAACAAUGUCCGCAUAAAUCAACGAUACAUUCGAGGGAGCACGAUUCAUCUACCUGCCGCGUACGUAGUUGUCUAUGGCGUUAAUUGUAAGUGUCAGAAAGAGAAAGAGACUGUGGAUAUAUUCAAUUUUGCAUUGAAUGAAGGGAAAUAUGAAGAUUAGAAGUGAUUUCAAAUAGAAAGGAUGAACCUUCCAUUAUUGGAGUGA